AUGAAACGCAGCAUAUCCGGUGAUGAAUUUUAUGCAAAUAAAGAAGCAAAGUUGGAUUUAAAUAAUAGUGGAACGAAUGAGACCAGCGAUCAUAGUGAUGGUAAUCGUAUAACUGAAAAUAAUAAUAAUAACAGUAGUGAAGUUGAUGAGACGACGAAAGCAGCUCAAGAAAAAGAUCAAGUCCAUGAUGAUGAUAAUCAUAAUCAUCCACACAAUAGUGAUCCAUCCAAUAUCAUAUUAGAAAAAGGCGAUAUUGUCUUUAGUUAUAAACCAAAACUUGGUGUCGAUGAAGCUGCUGCCCUUCAGGAUGUACAAUUAUUUCAUGUAUUAUUAGAACCAAAAGAAGAUUUUUCAUCAUCAACAACAACAAAAACACGUCUAUUACGUAUUGGGAAAAAGAAAUUGCCAUCAGUUGAAAACAAAGAACGUUUUUGGGGAUAUGUUGAAAAAGUUGGCGAAAAUAUAGAUGAAAUUGUUGAAGAUGCUCUUGAGAGCAUGACAUAUAAUACAGUUACACAAGGUCAACGUCAGUCAAAAGCGGAUCGCAUCGCAGGAAAAGGAAAAUAUAUGAUGGUCAGACAUGAUAAUCGUACAAAUAUUGCCUAUGUAUUAGAAGUGCCUGCUGAAAUUGGAACAGUUCAAAAAGAAUUUAAUAUUGAAAAAGAAUGUACAUAUACGGUUGCAAUAAAAAACCCAACAACCCCAAAUCCAUCACAACUUGGUCUAGCCCGCGAAGAAAAAGUUAUUUACCCUAAAGAAUUGCAAGAAAAAUUUGGGCAGUUACAAUGGAUUCCAGUUGAACCGAAACUCUUGGAUUAUAAUGGCGUUGAAAUGAUUUGGAUUGCUUCAUCAUGUGAUUUAGAAAUUGAAUUAGGCGAAGUAGGAAAAGAAUUAGAAGACUUAGCUGCUGAAACAAAUAUAACAACAGAAAAGGAUGUUUUAAAUGAAUUGCAUUUAAAUGAAAAUGAACAUCCAACUCAACCAUUAAAAGAUGGUGAAUGGCCAAAAACAACCUUGCAAAAUAAAACAGAUUAA